AAAAUGUCACGCUAAUUGACUGCAUGAAAUCUGACUACUGUGUGGGUAUCGUGGGCGACUACAGUGUCACUGAUGUUAAGUGAUGAUUAAUAACCAAACAAAACCGAGUGGUAUGAUCCAUCUCGUUUAGGUCGCAGUUUGGCGUCAUAGAAAAAGUAACGUGCGGGAGAAACUUCACUGUAAACACUGAGUGAGCUAGCACGGCUAACUGGCUACAACGAGCAGCAGCAGCUCGCGCACAACGGGGUUCUGCCUGCCUCCAUUCCAACAUGCCUCGAAGGAAGCCGUUUAGUAAUAAACAGAAAAAGAAACAACUUCAGGUCAAGCGCGAGAAAAAGAGAGGUGAUACAGGCUCGGGUCACAGUAGCCGGAACGCGAGUAUAGAGAGAGCCAUUAGACGGGACAGACAGUCAGACACAUCUGACAGCGAGACGACGGAUAUAAGGAGGAUCAACCAGCAGCCUGGCACCAGAGACGGCCGAUAUGACCCCAACAGGUUUCGGCUUCACUUUGAAAAGGAGAGCAAAGAGGAGGUGGAGAAAAGGAAGAAGAUGGCCAGAGAGAAAAUACUGCAAGCAGUUCCAGAGAGAGACCUGGAGAUGGACAUAAAAGAAGUCUACCCCGAAGAGCAAGGCCUGGAUUUCCCUCGCAGGCCCUCUUGGCAUUAUGGGAUGCGCAGAGAAGAGCUGUUGAGGAAGGAAAAGAAGGCAUUUGAUGAAUUUCUGGAGGCUCUUCAUUCCAAGAAUCCUACUCACUCCCUCAGCCAUUUUGAACACAAUCUGGAGACAUGGAGGCAGUUAUGGAGAGUGUUGGAGAUGUCCGAUGUCAUCCUGCUUAUUGUGGAUAUCAGACACCCAGUGCUGCAGUUUCCUCCUGCUCUGUAUCACUACAUCACAGGUGAACUGCAGAAACAGGUAAUUGUGGUGCUGAAUAAGAUUGACCUUUGCCCCGCGCCACUCGUGUUGGCAUGGAAACACUACCUGAGCAAUCACUUUCCUCACCUGCAAUGUGUGUGCUUCACCUCACACCCUGGACAACCUUACAGCAGCUUGUUUCAGAAAAAACGAAUGAGGAGGAAGGGUGGGUGGGGCCAGGCAGGAGGACCAAUCCAUAUUCUGAGGGCAUGUCAGGAGAUCACAGCAGGAAAAGUGGAUUUAAGCAGCUGGGAAAAGAAGAUACAAAGUGAUGCCUUGGCCAUGGGAAGAGAGGGCGAAUGGUUUGACGAUGGAGUGGAGACUGUGCUGAUGGAGCACCACACUGAUGUUGCCAUGGAGCUGAACAGUCCCACACGAGAACUUUACAAAGAUGGAGUUCUUACAUUGGGAUGUAUAGGGUUUCCUAAUGUAGGAAAAUCUUCAGUGUUGAAUAGUUUGGUUGGUAGGAAGGUUGUGAGCGUGUCUCGGACUCCUGGUCACACAAAGUAUUUCCAGACGUACUACCUCACCCCUACUGUUAAACUGUGUGACUGUCCUGGACUCGUUUUCCCCUCUCAAGUCAGCAAACAGCUACAGAUUCUGGCUGGCAUUUACCCCGUGUCCCAGCUGCAGGAACCCUACAGCUCAGUGGGAUACCUGUGCGAGCACACUCCUUUCCUGUCAGUACUGAAACUCACACACCCAGAACAGAGCGCUGAAACACUACACACUCCCAACACGCACGAGUGGACAGCCUGGGAUGUGUGUGAAGCAUGGGCAGAGAGAAGAGGCUACAAGACAGCAAAAGCAGCACGGAAUGAUGUCUAUCGAGCCGCUAACAGCCUUUUGCGCUUGGCCAUGGACGGGCGCUUGUGUCUGUGCUUCAGGCCACCAGGAUACACACAGAACAAAGAUAAAUGGGAGUCCCACCCAGAUUUGCCAGAAAUCAUCGCUUUGCAGGGAAGAAGGCCCGAUGAUGAAGAGAACGGAGAGAGGGAUGAGGACGACGAAGAGUCAAGUUCUGAGCCAGAGGAGGAAGACGACAGAGACGCAGAUGACGACGAGGAUGCUGAUGGAGACGACGAAGAUGAGAGCGUGAGGUCGGAUAAAAAAGGCAAGGCCUACAGCUUGAACAUGUUUGGCCUGCUGGGAGAGAACGAGUGCGAGUGAGGGAGGAUUUCAGCGCUCAUUCUGUCUCAUUCGGUUUCUCCGAUUCCCCUCUUAUCCGCGUAUUAAGAACUCUGUUCAAUUUUACUUUUGUUUCUCAGUCAAGUAAUCAGUGCUUUCAACGACACUUGCAGAUCAUACACUCCUUGAUAUGCCUGUUCCUGCUCUUGUGUAAGCAGCUGAGUGUGUGUACCUCUAGACCCUCUCUCAGCUUUGUAUCAUGAUAGUAAUUUAAACGCUUUCAUUUCAUCUUGCGUUAAGAGAGGUUAGAUUGAAUGUAAUUACAGUCGGCCAAUUGCGCAGACUGUGUAUCGAGUACAAUCAUUGAUUGAUCAUGAAUCUGUGAGUUCACAGCUUUAUUGCCAAAGGUAAGCAGAAGGUCACUAAUUUAGAAAGACUAAGAGAAAAGACAAAUGGAAGCCUCGGUGCUUCAAGACCCAGCAUGCAGUUUCAGAACAAAUAAGCCAGGUGCAUGAUGGGGAAGUCGGUAAAUACAACCAAGUAAAUACAAAAGCCAGCCAUGAAAUAAGAGGUGACUAUGAGACAAUGAGAAGUAGAGAACCACAGAAGUGAAAAGAGAGUGAAGUGGAUAUCUGAAGCACUUUUUUCAAAUCAGGAAGAGCUGUUCAGUUUUUCUGAAUAGAUCUUAACAGACCAGGGGUGUGACUGACACAUAAAAUUACUACCUACCCAGGCAAUGGGCAGGAAGACACUGAGUCAUGUCAGAAUUCAAUAAAUCGAAAGGAUCUUUCGUUCUCAGAUCACGUUUUUUAAAAGUCGUCAUGCAUGCAUCCUUCGCAGCCCUCCCUGCACUAGCAGCAACGUCUUUGUGAUGCUGUGUGUGCCGCCUUUCAAAGAAACUGUUUCCCUCCCUUCAUCACUGUCGAGGCUCUGCCUGCUUUUGACACAGCUCAGGGUUUGGGCAAUAAUAAAGAAUGUAAUUGAAAGGAAUUGUGGGUAAUCGCCACCUUUCUGAAUUCAUUAUAAUUCCUACGCUCAGACAUUCUAUACUUGACUGUAUUUCUUGGCAUUGCUUUUGCAUGAGUGCCAUCAGACUUUAUUUGUUUUGGUUUUUUUAAGAAGAAUCUUGAUAAUGGGACUAAUAUGAUACACAUUUGAAUUACUGGUUGAAUACAAAUUUUGUAGUAGGAAAAAUAUUAGCUUUCAGAUUAUUAGCUGUACACACAAAAAAUGACCUGUUUUUAAGCCAUGGAGAUGAUAUUUUGUUACCAGAAACAGAUUUCUAUAAGGGCCAGAUGGAAUGGGUCUGUUGUAGGGUUUGUAAUGCAGGGUUACAGGGAGUUUUGUGCCUGUGCUCAUCACUGAGCUAUACUAUGCAAGAGUAAGAAGUUUGGUUUUGAUUAGAAUUGAAGGAGUUUGCUGUGUUUAAUUUGCUCCAAUGAGAAGGAAAAGACACAGACACCUUCGUGCUGAGGUCUGAUUUGCACUGAGUUAUAUUCAUGAGAACACUUAAGAGCUUUUUAUUAUGGGACAUUGAAAUGGAGUUGAAGUAUUUGAUUAUGAUGGACAGUAACAGAGCACCACAUGCUGAUAUCCAAGGACCAUAUUCCUCAAAUAUUCAUGUAAGCACUCCUGAAUCAGGAUUGAUACAAUCCCAGUGUCGUGUUAAGUCCUUAUAUUAUCUGACAUCUUGACGCUAACAAAAGGGACAGGGAACAUGAGCCUAGACUUGUCUGAAAUAUAGAUGCCUUAUGAAUGCAAACAGAUUUGCUCUCGAGUGUGCUUCUGUAAAGGGGAUGUGUGUCUAGCGUGUGCGAGUGACCUUGUAAACAAAUGUGCUUUAUUGCUUAUAUUGAAUUGAUCUGAAGUAGCCCUCUGCAAUAAAGAAGAAAUGUCUUGAUAUCA